AUGUUUCAAGCGAUCUUGGCAUGCGGCCUUUUGGUGGAUUCUCCAUGUUUCCCGGGACUUUCACGCGGCUUGUACGCCUCCGUUGCCCAGUAUUUCGACUGCAGGGAACGGCUUCGCCAAGAGCACUUCCGGAUGUGGAUUUCGUUCCUGAAUUUCGUCUCCGAUAUCUAUGCAAAUAUCGGGAACGCACAGAGUGGCGAGCUGGUGAACGUCGUCUUCCAAGUGUUCGACUACUUGUUGAGGGCGCCCGUCUUGGAGACGCUCAAAAUCGAGGAGCUCGAAUGCCUGAUCGCGUCGCUGCUGAGCAUCGGCUGGGGAUUGGAGCGUGAUUGUCCGGAUCGACUCUCACAGCUGAAGGACCUGAUCCGCGAUGCGUUCAUCGACGUGCACGAGCCGUGGGCCAGGAAAAUGAUCCUGCUGCUCCUCGAGCUGGGCGCAUCCGGAUGGAAGCUGCCCCCGGACGCCAACGAAUACUACUUUUUACAGGGGAAUAAU